AUGCUCUUCCGCACUGGUUUUCGCCACGGAGCAGCGGUUCAAGCUGCUGGGCUACUGCUCGCUCUACUGGUGCUACUGCCGCUGCUGCCUGUUGCAGUGCUGCUGCUGACGAGGGAGCAGCGGCAGCUGAACGAGCAGCAGAACCAGCAGCAGCACCAGCAGAUAGACCUGGCAGCUGCGGGUAUCCGGCCGCUGGAUGUUCCUAUGUCUAUACACCCAACCCAGAGGCAGCAGCAGCAGCAGCAAACUGGCGCGCCCGACACAGAGGCUUUGCCUGCCUUCUUGCUGGGGGCUCAGCUGCAAGAGGAACACAGGGAACUGCAUCAGCCAGCAACUCAUCAGCAGCAGCACUACGGCCACCCACUGUGGCAGCUGCUGACAGGAGAGCCGUCUGCAGAUGCAGAAAAGCCGCAGCAGCAACAGCAGCACCUGCAGCAGCAGCAACAGCGCGACCAACAGCACAGGAAUUGGCUGAACCAAAGCCGCGUAGCUGAGCAGCAUUUGAAUUCAACAGCAGCCUGUGCUGCAUCAUCUGUUGCUGCUUCUCCUGCCGUUCCAACUGCGCCUGCUGCUGCGGCAUUGCCGCCAGUCCUGACACCGGAGUACCACACAGGAGUCAUGCCCCUGGCACUAGCUGCCAGUCCCCCUGCUGCUGCUGCUGCUGCUGCUGCUGCGCCAGUCGUCCCAGCAGAGCCCGCACCAGCUGCCUCCCCCUCUGCUGAUGCCAAAACUCUCGCGGCAGCCCCUCAUACAUUCGUGCAUCAGCAGUUGCAGCAGCAGCAGUUGCAGCAGCAGCAGUUGCAGCAGCAGCAGUUGCAGCAGCAGCAGUUGCAGCAGCAGCAGCUGCUGCUGCAGCAACAGCAGCAGUUGCUGCAGCGGCAGCAAUGGACGAGGCCCAGAAAUUCGCCUCUUCCCCAGGCGACUCAACAGGCUCCUGCACAUCAGAUGUACCUCCAUGCCGCUGCUGCUUCCCCUCUUGUUCUCUCUCCAUUUACGGGACCCGCAACAGCUCCAGCACAGCCGCAGCAGCAGCAGCAACUUUACCAGCAGCACCAGCAGCCGCUGCCGUUUCUACUGCUGCCUUCUCGCACAUCGGCGGGAACGGCUGCGGCCCCCGCUGCUACUCCCCAUCUUCUCUUAGAGGCACAGCAGCAGGGCAACAGCAACCACAUUCCUAUCGGGCUGCAUCAGCAGCAAGAGCUGCAGCAGCAUAUUAAGCAACAGGUACAACAGCUGCAACUGGAGCAGCAUCUUGGCGAGAACACGGAAAUUGCAACUGCUGAAGCAGCUGCACCCCAAGAAUCUAAUUCUUCCGAAUUGGCAGCGGGAGCUACGCCGAACGCCCAGGCAAUGGCGAAGGAAGUAGCAACAGCAACAACAGCAGCGACGGCAGCCACACCAGCAGCAGGGCAGCCGCAGCUGCUUGGCUUUGCAGACAGAGAAAGUCUAGAGGGAACAAGAGUGACUGCACAAGACACACAAGAACAUGCAAACCAACACAGAAACAAGAGCUUUCCUGAAGACACCAGUAAGCAUGGGAAUGCAGAAGCUGCACCCUUAGCAGCAGAGGCGGAACCACCAGCAGCAGCCAUCCGCGCAAUAACCGGAGCAGCAUCAACAGCAAGAGAUGAAGGAAGUUCUGAGUCGGAAAUUUCCCAUGUGGAGGAAACUAUGGAUACGAGCGAAGGUGAAGGCGCAGAACAGGCAGAAGCACUCGAAGCUGCAGCUGCAGCAGGCCCUGGCCCUGCUGCUGCUGCACCUGCUGCUGCUCCACCUGCUGCUGCUGUUGCUGCUGAACGCUCUCACGAUGAAGUAGAGGAGAGGGAUGAGGAGGAGGAGGCUGAGGGGCCUAAUGAUCUGCACGCCGACAGCAGCACAGAAGAGCGGAACACUACAAAAGAGGUGGAGGAGAUGAAUGAGACGGAAGAAACAGAUGACCAAGAAGACAUGCCUGAAACUGAAACUACAACUUCAGACAAAGACAGCACUUACGCCGAAGAAACUGAAAGCACUGAAGCCACAAGUGCCUUCGAAGACAGUCUAGAGAGUGGGCAGAUAACAGAAAACAACGACGUCGGCGUAGACGGGCAGGAGGCGCAUGCAGAGAGUGAACUUGAAGAAGCAGGUGAAGUGCGGGAGGCAGCAGAAGCAGAAGAUGAAUCAAUGGAGACAGAUCCUGCAAGGGUGGUGGAGGAAACCGGCGAAGGUGCGGAACACGACACACAGGCAACUCACUUACAAGAUGACACAGAUGAGGACACAGACAUACACUUUGAAGACGAGGAUGACCAACAGUUAGAACACAGCAGCAACAAUAACAGCAACACCAGCAGCAGCAGCAGCAGCAAUAGCAAAAAUAGCAGAACCAGCAACAGCGGCACCAUGGAGUACGAAGAAAACCCGCAGUCGCAGCUAAAGGACGAUGAUGUCCCAAGCGCUAUAACUGAUCUGCAAGAAGAAGGUUUCCUUCGGCGCAUCGACGCAGAAGCAGCUAAACCGCAACAGCACCAGCAGCAGCAGGAGCCAAGGCAGCAGGAGCCGCAGCUGCUGCAGGAACUUAGAAGGACCCAAGCAGACCCAGGAUACGUCCCUGCCUCUUCUGUUGCUUCGGCUGCUACGACAGCUUCGGGCUCCUCGGACAAUGCUGGCGCCGUACCUUUUACUGCUGCAGCUUCAGCCUCUUCCUUUCCCCCCACUAGCAUCAUGGACAGCUCCGCUGUCCUCACAGGUCAAGAGCCUGGGACGCAGUUGCUGCUGCACCCAGCUGGCGAUCCCUCUUUGCUGCUACUGCAGCAGCCGUUACAGCAACAUCUGCAUCAGCCUCUGCAGCAACAGGUGCUACAACCGCUGCAGCAGCCCAUGCAACAUGUACUGCAGCAGUCACUGCAUUCCCAGUCACUGCACCCGCAACCACUCCACCAACCCCUACAACAGCCACUGCAACAAUCCCUACAGCAGCCACUGGGAGACGCCAGCUCGAUACUGUCGCCACAGGAGCUUAUCAAACAGCAGCAACUGCAAUUGCAGCAGCAGCAGGCAAUGGUGCAGCAGCUGCAGCAGCAGGUGGCGAUGCAGCAAGACCUGCUACUGCGGGCUCAAGAGCAACAAUUGCAACAGACUCAGCAACAACAGCAGCUACAUCAACAGCAGCUCCUCCACCAAAUGCAGCUAGCCCAUGUGAGCGAAAAGCAGCAAGUGCAAGGUGCGCUGCUGCAGCACCAUCUGCAGCAGUUGCAGCAACAGCAGCUGCAUCAACAGCAGCUCCAGCAGUUGCAGCAGCAACAAAAGCUACAACAACCGCAAACACAGCUGCUUUAA